AUGGUGGGCUUUUUAUUGACAAUAAAAACUUCAAUACAACCAACGGGCUCACCUGCGCACGACCAUAUCUCAACACCGCCACCUAUUCAGCAACCCAAACAACAAAGCUCUCGUCUUCAACGUACCUGUCCUCCUCCGUUACCUCACAUCACUAACCGUCCACCGCCGUCACUUAACAACCGUCCUCAUCUUCCGUCGCCGCAGAACUUUAACUUUAACGGUGUUAACUUUAAUCAAAGCUUUCCUGGGUUUGGUAGACCCCAAGCGUCGUUAUCUCUGUUGCUGCCGUUUCCCACCGUUCACGCCGCCGCUGAAUCUCCUAUCUCCGCUUACAUGCGCGAUCUGCAGAAUUUUGUUUCCACUAUGGAUAACAAAAGCUUCUCUGGUUUUUCUCCUUUGCCUCCUCUUCCUCUUCCGGUUUCAUCUCAUCAACCUCAGCCAGAACAACAACCACCACCACAACAGGAGGAGCAGGAACAACAGCAGGUGAACCAACCUCCAGUGCUCCAACCGUUUCAGAUGUCGUCUUCUCCAGUUCUUUUCGGAUGUUUGAAUUCACAGCUUGCAUCAUACCCUUUGUUGUCAUCUGGUUUACUAUUUUCCCCCAAUUCUGCCAAUUUAGGGUUUCCUCAGCUUCCUCUGUCUCCCACCGUGCCGGCUCCGAGUCCGCGAUGGAGAGAAAUUUGACAUCAAUGGUGCAACCUCCGGCCGCCGCGCC